AUGGCGCAGCCAGGCUCGACGGAGCCGAAGACGAGCUUCUCCCCUGUUGCCGCGACAGGCGCUAUGACUGGUAAGGCUGUUUUCGCUCCGACCAAGGCGCCAUCCGACGACGAGGCAGAGGAGGGCGAGAUCAUCGAUGAGGAAGAGGGCGAAAUAUGUGAAGGCCGACCUUCUGAACCAGCUGCCGAUGCCGCUGCGCCAUCACAGCUGGCCACCGCCAUUGUUGCCGAGCCGGCUCAGGAAUCGCAAAGCCAGCCGACGACUGCAGAGCUGCCAUUCGGCACCAUCAUUGACAGCGACGAGAAGCAACAAGCUGACACCAAAGCACAAUCUCAAACGCAAGUAACUGCUGAAGACACAGUCGCUUCGAGCGUACAGGCAUCGCAAGCAGCCGAGUCCGCAAAGCAUUCCUCGGAACAAACACAGCCUUCCGCUGAACCUGUACCAGCUUCCAUCUCGGAAGAGAACCCAACCGAGGUUCCGGCGCUGGAGUCGACUAAUCCCAAGCCGACUCCUGAAACAGCCGCUUCACUUGCACCAACGGAUGUGGCAGCUGAGCCUCAAGAGCCAGUAGCACAGACAACUGCACCACAAGAGUCCAAAGACCCAACACCCCCGGCGCUCACUGAGACAGCAGCACCUGAGUCAGACGUCACAACCGCCACAGCAACCGCAGGCCAAACUCAAAGUAACGGCACACAGGACGAGACGCGUUCGCAGACCUUGGAGGAUCCAACAGUCGCCGCCGCCAGUCCGCCACCGGCAGAAGCGCACUCGAAACAUACCCCUGAUGAAGCUGCCACCGUCGAAACCAUUUCAAGAGAUGAUGAGCCAGCCGACAUGGAAAUCGACGAUAAGGCUGAAGUUUCAGCCCAGCCGACGGUCAACGAUACGCAGGCGCCUGCUGUUCCUGAUUCGGAGCCCAUGCAAGUAGACGACUCAGUUCAGGCGCCCGCGCUCCCAGAAGACCUCGGGGCUCCAGCAACGGUGAAACCAGCUCUGGAGCUUGCAGUCGAAGACCAAGAAGAGCUAAAGGCAUCCGUUGAGGAGUCUGCUCCGUCACCACCUCACUUCAAAAGCGAGCCGCAGGCUGAGGCCGACGAGCAAUCACAUACAGGCGCAACACAAGCGCCCGAAGCGAUUCCGUCCGAGCCUGCUACUUCUGUCGUCAUCCAAACCGAGGAUCAAGAGCCGGCAGAGAAACAAGGAUUGGAGAGCGCCAAGCUUGCAGUGCCUCCGGAGCCUUCGGCGGAGCUGCAGUCGCCUCGGGUGCGUCAACGAUCUGCAACACCUCGUAUCAGCGCCAAUGCUUCCACCUUGGAGGUUCCAACGCCCGAAGAGGUGCAGCGUCGCGCGACGGUGGAGAGGGAUGACGUAUCGGUACCAAGACCUACAGAAGUGGAGCGCGCGCGUUCGAGAAUGGUCAAUAGCGGCUCAGCUGCACCUCGUUCGGGUCAAGAGAGACGUCUGGAGAGAGAACGGACCAAGGAUCGACCACAUCCUCCCGAGCAUUCCCAGGACCGGGAGCAGCGGGCUCGCGAGAAAGAUCGUCGACGCGAGCUCGAGCGCGUCGAGCGUGAAAGAGAACGUGAGCGCGAGCGCAUCCGCGAAUCGGAGCGUGACCGCGAGAUGAUGAUUGCUCGCGAGAACGAAGAGGCUCGACUGAUCUGGCUCUCACUGCCGGGCAACGAUCAUCCUCAGUACUACACAGACACAGACUCGGACUCUUGCUAUGGUGUAGGCGGCGCUCUGGGUGUCGAUUUGACGGACGAGGAGGAUAAGGAUCUGAAUCCACCCCUGCCGCUGUCGCUGCAAGCGUACCAUCCAGCUCCUUCGUAUUCGAAGUCUUACUUUGAUGAUUCGUACUACUCGUCCAAGCGCAAACGCACCGACGAUGCUGGCGGAGAUGGACUUGGUUCUUCGUCGCGCCGCUACCGCCGCAAGCCCAUUUCGCCGCCAUCCCCCAUCGGUCGCGUUGCGCCCAUGCCUCGCAACGCACUCGCUUCGACGACCAUGAUCGACAUUGACGACUUUCCCGUUCCAGACUCAAGCAUCCGUGGCGAGCCAUCAGAACGACCGUUUGAAAGCAGGAUCGAGCGCGCCUCUCUGCCUCGUAUCUCCCCACAUGGUCGAGGCGAAGAUGCGCUGGAAGAGCUUGACAGCUCCGACUCGGACGAAGAGGCUCUGCUCAUCGCGGAAGAGCGCAAGCGACGCCACGGGCAUCGUAGCGGCAAUCGAGGAAACAAGCUCUCGCGCGACAAGGGGGCACGUUGGGUGCGGCGCGGCAAGCUCGGUGGCUGGACAGAGAUGCGGAUGGAAAAGGAGAUUGGCGAUCGAGUGCGACAUCGUGUGGAAGCGAUGCAGAAGGACAGCAUCCGCGCGCUGCUGUCAGCGAUGCCAGAGGAAGACAAGAGCAUGUUGGCGCAGUUUCCGGCGCUUCGCAACGGGCUGAUCCUGGGCGAUGCGCCGAGCAGCGCGCGACGAGAUGCACGUGGUCGACUUUUGGCAUCCGACUUGUCAGAGGCGGCGCGCAUCGAUGCCGAGCUGGGACUCGACGCUGGAGGUGCGGGAGCGGGUGCGGGUGCGGGUGCGAGCGGGUCCAGGCUGGAACGGCCUGAACACCUCACAUCCACCUCGCUCGCUCCAACGCUUCUCAAGCCAGCAAUCACGCCUCGACAGUUGCUGACAAGCCAUACGCUUCGUCACACGUUCCGUAACCCUCAUAUUGCUGCUCUGGGCAAGACCGCGCUGGAUCUGAUCGAAAGUGAAGGAGUAGUCGGGCGUGCUGUGGGGCGAUGCUGGGCUGCGAUGGAGCGCGGUGGAUGGAACGAAGAUCCCGAGCCCAAGUGCGACGAAGCGGACGAGGGCGAGCACUCUGACCACCAGAAUGGCGUCAACGGUAUGGAUGUUGAUGGCUCGGAUGUAGAAGGAUCCAUGCACCACGGUGGCGAGCAAGGCAACGGUGCGUCUGCUGUGUUUGGCUCGAUCACUGACAACCCGGCUCUGUCUCACUUGGACAAGCUGUUCGUCACCAAGCAAGGACUCGCGAUUCCACGACUGGACGACAUGGGACAGCCGAUCUUUGUGCCGGCUUCGCCGGCCACACAAGCUGCGCGUGCGCACUCAGGGCUCGCGGAAGAAGCUGCCAACGAAGCGGUGAUCGAAACAACAAUGUUGCCGGCGCCCGAACAACGAUCGAUUGUGCUAGCGGCGCUCGAGUGUCUGCACGAUCUCGCAGCGGAUUCACGCGAGUAUGUAGAGAGGCUCGAAGAGGUUCGUUCGAGGCUGGCGGCUGUGAAGCGACGCCGCGCGCAGGUGUGGAAUGCUGUAAGGCAGUGGGCGUUGGAGAAGGACGAGGCGAGCGACUUAACUAGUGGAACGAGAGGCGAGAAUGGCUUGUCGGCCGUGGAGACGGUGGGCGUUGGUGCAUCAGUGGUACCGACAGUAGCGGUGGCGAACGGCGCGUCGCCUAAGAAAAGAAAGUAG